GGCUGUGAGGGCAAGCUGUCCAGCCUGGUGGUGGAGAGUGGUCAGAGAGUGACCGGAGCCUGCCUGGCCCUGUGCCGGACCUGUGGGGAGCUGGCCCUAGCCACCGAGUGUCACGUGUUGAGGCUUGACCACUCCCACGCCCGCGGACUGGGAUCUGUGUGGCUGAGCGAGGCGGUGAGUCAGAGCUUCCUGUCCGGCUGUGGACAGUUUGCCGAGACCACUCUCCGCGGGGCGCUACAGUCGCUGGAUGUGUGUGAGGGCAAGUGUUUGAGAUGGAGGCCGGCGGAGACAGACGAGGCCAAGGACACGACAGCAAGCGGCUAGAACGCUGCGCCGACCUCAUACAGAAAAGUUCCCAGCGUCUGCUGGCUGCUUCGUCUUACACCUACACAAACUCUCCGUCACAAUCUUUAUCCUCAUCAGCAGCACCUUUGCUAUCAUCAUCAUCGUCAUCGUCGUUGUCUUCGUCUUCUGCCAAGUCUUUCCUCAACACGGCCCAGCACCCCCGCGCCCAGACCACCGUCUCUUCCAGCGAGUCCACGUCGCCGAUUGCCUGGUCGCAGCGGGGGUCCAAGAGUUCUGCCUCGUCGCUCGGCGAUACCUCGGGCGUUACCUCCACUCCCAGCACCGCCUCCUCCAAACACAGCAACAACAACAGCAACAACAACAGCAACACCAACACCACCAGCACCAGCAGCUCUACUCCCAGCAGCAGCAGUGAGCGCAGUGUGUCAGCGGGCGACACGUCACAGCUCACCGACGUCAGUCUUCUGUCAGAGUCACAACUGUCGAUGCUGGACGCAGCUUGCCAGGAAGUGACCCUGGCCACCUCCAUGUUCGCAGAGUUUGCUCGCAAGACGUGGAGUACCAGCGGCGGGGGCGCGGCAGAGCGGGGGCGGGUGACACCCAGGGGAGGGAAGCGUUUGUUGCCUGUGUCGCCCGAGAAAGCUGUGGUCACUCCAGCGGUCAGCGCGGCUCAGCUCAGGAAGCUCAACAUGGUCCGCACCAUAGCUCUGGCCGGUCACCAGGGGAGGGAGACGUAGACUCACACACACACACUCAGACACACACACACAGACACACACACACACACAGACACACACACACACAACAUGGUCCACACCAUAGCUCUGGCCGGGCACCAGGGGAGGGAGACGUAGACACACACACACAUAGACACACACACAGACACACACACACAGACACACACACACAUAGACACAC